CCAUGAUGUAAAGCAUGACCCAGAGUAGGCGGGAAUAACCGAGUUUAUUGACCAAUGAAAAAUCGUAAAAGCGCCCAGAGUCCAAUGGUAAAUGUAGUUGUCGUUUCACAACUGCUUGGGGUUUACAACAGGAGCAGUAGACGGGUAUUCAUUCACUGUGAAUACCAAACUAACAGACUGUGUAUUGAGUGAGAGUGCAUCAGUACCCCUUGAAGAAUUGAACUAUCAGUGAAAGGUCGCAGUUGUAAAUGAGAAUUUGUUCUCAACUAGCCUACCUGGUUAAAUAUAGAUGCAGUUCAUGCUGCUGUUCAGUAGGCAGGGGAAGCUGCGUCUCCAGAAGUGGUAUGUUCCUCUGUCUGAUAAGGAGAAGAAGAAGAUUACCAGAGAGCUGGUCCAGACGGUUCUGGCUAGGAAACCAAAGAUGUGUUCAUUUCUGGAGUGGAGAGACCUCAAGGUUGUUUACAAGAGGUAUGCCAGCCUGUAUUUCUGCUGUGCCAUAGAGAACCAGGACAACGAGCUGAUCACACUAGAGAUCAUCCACAGAUAUGUGGAACUACUGGAUAAGUACUUUGGCAGUGUGUGUGAGCUGGACAUCAUAUUUAACUUUGAGAAGGCCUACUUCAUCCUGGAUGAGUUCUUGCUGGGAGGAGAGGCUCAGGACACGUCUAAGAAGAAUGUACUAAAGGCUAUAGAACAAGCUGACCUACUGCAGGAGAUCCAGAAUGAGGACUGGGGAGGUUUACCUAAUGAGGAGAUCUUAUAGCGGACUGGAGUACUUCCCCUUUACACCAGGUCCUGCUGGCCCCGUCAUGAGUACUUUAAUGUGCCUGUGUACUAAUCGUCCACUACUGCUGUCACCACUCCACUGCUGUCCUGUCCACUCUGCAUGCGGAGCCCCUCCCCCCAGCACAUGGUCCCUCCAGCACCUGGCUCCUCAUCCUCAGCCCCCUAAAGCGCCAUGCUUUACCAACUGAUCCACACAGGACUACGGCUACAUCGUCAGAGGUCAUUGGUCUACAUUUUCAGUUUCUCACAUACUUCCAUCAGCUGAUUCCACUGUUUGUUGUCUAUCUGAAGAGGCCAUGGUUUACUGUGUAUAAUACAACGGGUGGGUCUAAUCCUGAAUGCUGAUUGGUUAAAUCUGCAUUCCAGCCGGCCUAUUCCACAAGUGACUACCGGCAAAAUCUAUGCCGUUAAAAUGCCUAUUUACUCUGUUCCAUCUGACUGCGCAUUCCACUGUCUCAUCAGCCCAGCUCAUAUUUCUUUUAGACUAACAUUUAGUUUUAACAGUGGAGAUUUGUAUAACUGUGGAGAUUUGCUGUCUGUCUCUAAGACAUUUGCAACAUUGUUUCAAUAUUCAAAUUCAAUGUCCAGCUGUCCCAUAGUAAUGAACAGGCAGCUUUUCUCAGCCAGUCAAAAUCAUGAUUCAGCAUAAUUUUUAUGGAUACAGUUGAAGUC